AUGACUCGACAGUUCCACGAGCAAGAGACCGGACCAGAAGCUUCUUUCUUCGUCUCUCCACUGCUCUUCCACAUACCCUCCCAGAACAGCAUCAUGACCGCCUCCCUCGACAAGGUGCCCUCGCCAGAGCAAGCCGGAGUGGACGAAACCGGCGACGCUGCACUGCCCAACGGGAAGCACCAAGCGCCCCAGAACGAAGACGACAAGGGCGAGGUCUCGUCCGAAACAGCUACAGAGUCUUCCGAAGUGCCGGCCACCAAGCGCCGCACGCUCUGUGGUGUGUGCCACAACGAGGCGGCCAAGUACAAGUGUCCCCGUUGCUCGCUGGCCUACUGCUCCGUUGCCUGUUCCCGCACUCACCGCGACAGCCACCCGCCAGAGAACGACGACAUCGUCACCGCUCGUACCGCUACGACUGCUGCCAUUUUCCCCACACCGACAGCACCUCAGACCAGGCGUCACCCCUUUAGCGUGCUCGACGAUUCAGUGGAGCUGAAACAUCUGUUCUCCAAAUAUCCCCACCUUCAAGCCCGCCUGCGGGCCAUCUACGAGGCCACGUUGCCGCCGGCAUUACGACAGAACCAAAACGAGCAGCAGGGGCCUUCUUGGGAGGCAUCCUCGCGGGGCCGGGGCCGUGGCGGCUACCGCGGUGGUGGUCGUGGUGGCGGCGGCCGCGGCGGCAGCCAAGCAGGCCCAGCUCCCCGGCUCGACCAGCCAUGGACGACAGAGCUUGGCCUACGGCAGGGUCAGAAGGCGCUGCGACGGGCCCGUAUUGACCCCGGGGAGGACGGUGACAGCGUCCGCGAAUACUGCGAGCUGGUGACGUACCUGCUGGCCAGAGGAGAGGACGACAAGAACGCGGCAGCUGCGGCGGCGGUAAAUAACCUUACGGCCAGCGAUGCUGCUACCGCAUUGGUGCAAAAGGAAGUCUUUCAAGGAGACGUUUCUCUCAUCAAACGACUCUUAGAAACCGACGGAGACCAUUGA